AUGAGCCCACUGCUAGUUGGUAUGUAUUUUGGGCGGAAGAAACCGCCGUGCACCUUUCUACGUCAAUUCGUGGAUGAGUUGAACCAUCUCUCCACUGGAUCGAUGAUUUGUGGAAAGAUGCGGGCGGUUUUUCUGCGUAAAAUAAUAGCUGAUAUGGAGGCGCAGUACAUCAUCACCGGGACAGUUGCGCCCUGCGGCAGCUCGGGAUGCCGCUGGUGUGAUGCACGCCGUGCAAAGAAAGGUGGAUCAUAUCCGAUAUAUGCCGGCAACUACCGAACCAACGUCCAGUUCCGCAGUUUGGUUUAUGCAGGGCACUACCGCUGCAAAAAGAACAAAGCAAGGAAAGCCACAUCGUCCGUGCUAAGGUCACCUUUGGUUGACUUAGACUACGAUGUGGUUUACGAGGUGCUAUUGUGCGACCCGCUGCACAACCUGCAUAAGGGGAUAUAA